AUGGCCACAAACUUUUCUCGUCUUCCUCCACUACCACCAUUGCGUGAAUUCAUCCACAUGUAUCGUCUGCAGGCUAAGAAAAUCUUAUCACAAAAUUAUCUUAUGGAUAUGAAUCUUACGAGAAAGAUCGUGCGAGCAGCAGGCGUUCAACCAGGUGAUUGGGUCUGCGAAGUGGGGCCUGGUCCAGGUGGUAUAACUCGUGCAAUAUUAGAAGCCGAUUGUGAACGAUUGGAUGUUGUGGAGAUAGACCACCGCUUCAUACCGCCAUUAGAGCUGCUCGCUGAAACCUCAAACAAUCGCCUUCGUAUUCAUCGUGCUGAUGUUUUGAAGACUAAUAUUGGUGACCUCUGGGGUGUUGCCGGUUCUCGAAAGAGUUCAGACUGGACAGGUGGUCUUCCCGCUUUGCAUAUCGUUGGUAAUCUUCCAUUCAAUAUCGCCUCGCCACUGAUAAUCAGGUCUUUGAAAGAAAUAUCGUAUCGGCAAGGUGCUUGGCGAUUUGGAAGGGUUCCGUUAACGUUGACGUUUCAAAUGGAAGUUGCACAGAGAAUUUGCAGUCCCAUUGAUUGCGAGUCUAGGUCAAGAAUAUCGAUAAUGGCACAGUACCUGACUGAACCGAAGCUCAUGUUCAGGAUUCCCGGAUCGUGCUUUGUUCCUCAACCAGACAUCGAUGUUGGUAUAGUACGUUUUGUUCCGCGAACUCAGCCUUUAAUCAGCGCUCCUUUCGAGGUCGUCGAAAAGUUGUGCCGACAGGUCUUCCAUUACCGCCAAAAAUUCAUAAUCAAAGGUCUAAAAACAUUAUAUCCAAAAGAGGUAGCCGACGAUAUGGCUAAUCAGUUGCUGAAGGAUUGUCGCGUCAAUCCAAAAGCCUCAUCAAUCCAACUCGGCAUUGAAGAGUAUGCUGAUUUGGCCGCUGGAUAUGAAAGGCAAUGUAGGAGGUGA